AGAUGAAAACAAAACAAAAUGUAGGUAAGGAUACAGGUAAGGAAGAGAUGAUUAAGUUUAGAAUUAACAAUUUUAAAAUUCUACAAAUUUAAUCCAACAUUGUAAUUGAUUAUAAUGGCCUUUCGAAGAGUUAAUUACAUUGUAACCAAUCAUUUAUUACUCAAAGACGAUCCUUUGUUUACCGUUAUUAAGCGUAACAAGGUUACCAAUUCACUCGCCAAGGAGAUCGCUUUUCUCAAUCAUUGUGCCGCAAUUUUGGCCUUAGUUUCCGCUACCAUUGGUUUAAUGUCCAUUUUUUAUGAGGCCAAGGCUCAUCUUCAGAUCAUGGGAUUUGCAUCCAUAUUUCAUAUCUGUGGUUCCAUAGGAAUUGAGUCUUAUAAGAAGCGGAAAAAUCGCUACCUUCUCUUACUAACUGGCCUUUGCAAUGUUGCCUUUUUUGGGGUCAGUCAGGUCUUCUUGAUCCUUUUCAUCCUCGUAGCUGAUGCGGAAUCAUAUCCUUCAAAGCGAGAUUUCAAUUCGGAAACUUUUUUCCAUGUUAUUUUAAUUCCUUGGAUUUUAUUGUCAAUCAUUAUUGAACUAAUGUUCCUAAUCUUAAUUAUUUACUUGGCCGUUUCUAAAAAGAUUCUAAUUAGUUUGAACAGAUCGGCUAAUUAACAGAUUAGGUAAACAAUAACACCUACGAAUUCAAUAUACAUACAUUGACCAUCUCUACAUAAUCCAAUUGACCACCGUUGAGAGUAAAUUGUGAUUCUCAGCUUUCCAUCAUCUAAAUCAACGAUUUAAUUGGCAAUUAAUCAAGCAAAGGUCAAACAUUUAA